GUACAUGGCCAGCACAGGCCUUCGCAGCGCAUAAACCGCAUCUACAAUUGCGGCAGCUUCCCGCUGUCUUUUUGCUCGUACUGACACACUGCCUGUAUCGAGCGAGCAUACCUGACCCGCGCUGCCUGAACACCUAACAAGCCUGAGACACGCAUCCGCCUCAGCCAUCUAUUGUGCCUGACACUCGCUGCCACGCCUUACUGCUUUCGAGCGUGCGCCAACACAGUGCCUGAGGGCUUGCAUAUAACGAAACCCCCCGCCGCGUGAAGUUCAGCAUCGUGAGGGCUACUGGUAGUCUUUGGGAGUAAUAUCUGGACUCGCGGGUUCUUUCACGACUUUCGUUCGCUAUCCACGCCGCGGGCUCGGUUUAUGACCUUUACUUUCGUUUAAUUCCUCUUGUUCUCACGACAUCAUGGGCAAGUUAAUCAAAAACCACUGGGCGCGUCUGGUCGUUAUGACUGCCGCUGCAUACCAGAUAGCUGCAGCCCUGGAAGCUUUCUUCUGGCCAAAAAUCUUCUGGGAUUUUCUUACCAAGAAUCUCGACUCCGCCGUGAAGCCUUUCCCAAUCUUGCAAAUCCUGAACCUACUCCUCGGCAUUGUGGGCCUGGCGUGGGAAUGGCCGUUGCCACUUUUGGCAGGCACAGGGCUACACCGUAGCAUCGAGGCGCGAUUGAUACUGUACCCGCUGAGCGCGCUGUGCGCUUUACUCAUCUAUCAGGGCACAAACAGCGGACUGUACUACAUCAUCGGGAUGGGCGCGUAUUUCUGGGCGUACAGCGAAGGCGAGAUCGUAUGCCCCGAACCUUGGACGCUUCCCAAGCGCGGCUCGACUGUGCGUAAGAUGGGAGUGUAGAAUCUCUUGACGAAAUCCGACUUUCAAUUUUCGUACUUUCCUUAGCGCAACGACUUCACGUACGCUCGUCCAUGCAGACGGCGUACUACAUCACGAAGCGCAAACGUAUCAUUUGCCUCUUCAUCUGCAUCUGCAUAGCUAGAAGCGCGCAAGCGCAAUACCCAACAGCAAUAUCAAUAUUACGGAUCGAGAUCCAUGCAAAAAAACAUGCUAAUG